GCUGACAACUUAAAUUAGAUCCAAUUCUCUCCUUAAGAGGCCGCUUCAAACCUUUGCGCCUUCCGCCCUUUCGAGUUGCGGUAGCCCUUGUAAGAUAAGCAACUCCAACUUAAAUGAUCUCGCAAGAUGCAAUCGAAUGAUUACAAUGCAAGCAUCGAUAUUGCAGGCAAAUAUGCGGGCCUGCCACGUGGCUCCAGCGUUCUUGACGACAUUACCCAUUUCAAUCAAGGGGAGUUCAUGAAAAACCAUCUGAAUCCCAAGUCUCUGCCGAAAAACUUGAGCAAGCCUUUGCUUGAGGAUUACUAUGCAGAGGGAGCAGCUGAAGGAAUCUGCUCGGCUGCGGUGAUGCACUGGCUUGAUACCGGCACCGUCCCCCCUCCCACCGAGGAAAUGGCUGCAAAGCUAGCUCGAGUCCAAGGCUCCUUUGAGACCGACAACGAGCGUGAUUACUUGAAAUGGUGCAGUAAUCUAUCAGCUUCUUUCAAUAAUCUCGAGAGAGUCAAAGACAGUCAGGGCAUAAAUCUCGACGACACCCAACAAUUCAUCAACUAUCUGCUUGACAAUUCGGGCAAGAUCAACACAAAGCUUAAGCUUUUCCUCAUCCUUUCUUUCAUGAAAGGCGGCAAACCAUGUGCCCAUGCGGUUGGCUGGAACCUGGGGACGAGAAGCUUCUUCGAUCCCAAUUACGGCGUUUGGAAGGUCAACACUCCUGAUCCCAAGAAUGGCAUUUGGAAGAUCAUAACUUCUGGCAAUGACUCCGAUCCGGCCACAGUCAUCGCCUGUUCGAUUAUUGUCUUCGAUGAAAUUUGCAAGAAAUACGGAAAUCCAGUCUCCGUCCAGGCUAUCACUUUCUAAUCUGUGUUUGGAAAAGGUUGUCUUACCCCAUCGAGUGCGGAAUUGCGUCAGUACCACUUAGGACAGUAACAAAUCACGUAUUGUUCCACCAAGUUUCUUAAUAUUCCAGUAGUAACUCGGGUACUGCGCAUGAUUGAAGAAUCUGAAGAGGGAUCAGCAUUGGAGAAAAAGGUAAAUGUAUGUACUGACGCCAUUCUGCACAAGAUGGGAUAGAGUAUCCAUCCCUGAGAUAGAUUUUAUUCAUUGUAAUUUCUGACAGAAAGUAAGCCGUAA